AUGGAGGCGGCGGGGGCUGAGCGGCGGCGGGAGCGGGAGCGGCGGCGCCGGGCCGCGGUGAAGGCCGAGAAGCGGAGCCCGCGGCGCUCCGGCUCCCGCUCCGCGCGGGGCAGCCAGUCGCCGCCGGCCGAGGAGCGGCGGGGCCCGGCAGGGCCGCACCGGGGCGGCCGCGGCAGGAGCAGCAGAUCGCCCAAAAGGAAGGAGAAAGCGUCGGGCAGGAGAAGCAAGUCCCCCCGGAGCCGGAGGAGCCGCAGCCCCCAUCACGCCGUGGUCAAAGUCAAGCAGGAACGAGAUGAUCAUCCUCAUAGAGGAAAUGAGGAACGAAAGCAGAGAAAUCCAUCAGAACAAGAACACAGGCGAGAUAGAAGUGGUGAGAGAGAUAGACACAGAGAUCACUCGGAUAGAAGGAAAAAUCCUAAUGAAAGGUCUGGAGGCCGAGGCCAUGAGCGAGAAAGGGAUGUUCAGAACAUCCGUGAGCAGCAAGCAGAGAGGGAAUUUUAUAAUGAGAGAAGACGAGAACAUCGGCAGAAGAACGAAGUGAGUGGUAUUAACCAGAAUCCAGAACUCGGGCAAUCUGAUAAUAAGCCUAAAGAUAAAGAUCCUGUAAAAAAAGAAAAGCCAAGCUUUGAACUGUCUGGUGCGCUUCUGGAGGAUGCCAACACUUUCCGAGGGGUCGUGAUUAAGUACAGCGAGCCCCCAGAAGCUCGGAUUCCAAAGAAACGAUGGCGCCUCUAUCCUUUUAAAAAUGAUGAGUUUCUCCCAGUCAUGUACAUUCACAGACAGAGCGCAUAUCUCCUAGGCCGGCAUCGGAGAAUAGCAGAUAUUCCUAUUGACCAUCCCUCCUGCUCAAAGCAACAUGCUGUCUUUCAGUAUCGGCUUGUGGAGUACACCCGUGCUGAUGGUACAGUUGGCCGCAGAGUACGGCCUUAUAUAAUUGACCUUGGUUCUGGCAACGGUACUUUUCUGAAUAACCAGCGGAUUGAACCUCAACGUUAUUAUGAACUGAAAGAAAAGGAUGUGUUAAAAUUUGGGUUCAGUAGCAGGGAAUACGUUCUUCUCCACGAAUCUUCAGAUAAAUCCGAGGCAAAUGCAAAGGACGAUGAUGAGGAGGAGGAGAAGGAGGAAGAAUCUGACAGUUAACAGAUCAGGAGGAAAGUAGAGGGGAUUUAAAAAAUAAAUCUUUCCAGUAGAACAUGCAUUGGGAUGUAAACAUUGGAGCAUCGAAGCACUGAUGCCUCUUAUUGCCUUAAAGUCAUUCUUCUGUUGCUGGUCUGUUCUUGUUGCUUAUUUUGGGGACUCACUCAUCUCUGAUAGUUCUGCUUAUCAGGAAAUCCAGCUUUUUCUGAGCUCAUUUCCCCUGACAAAGAGAAAAGAGCACCUGGAUGUAAUGGUGCUGGAAAUUUUCAACAAAUGUUGAAAGACUGUCCUCUUCUAGUAAAUGAUGUAAAACACAGUGGGCAUAUUUUAAAGUUAUUUUUAUGAACUGUUUUGUCAUAACCCUUUGAAAAUGCUACUUAACUGAAAAAUUAGGUAGAAACUAGCCCGAUAUAUUUUUCUCUUAUUUGGUAGGAUUUGCCAAAUUUAUAUGCCAAUUAAGAAACCUAGACAGGAGAAUCUACCAACUUUAACUACUAAAGAGGCAGAAAAGUUGCAAAAUCCCUCUAGUAUUUGUAUGUUUAGGGUAGUUAGUUUGCAUUAUAACUCUUCAGGGAUGGGCAUUUUACCAGAAUACCUUGCAAUUUACAGGUAUUAUAGUUUUAAAUGAAUGAAAGGAAAUGCUUCCUGGGACUUUAGGUUGUGAACUGCAGGUUUGGAGGUUGAGGUCUAAGUCAGUAUAUGCCCGGUAUAUGUCAAACCUAGAUACCAAAAUUGUUAUUGGAUAUUGAGUAUCCUGUUCUAAAGCAGAGUCCUUUAUUUCUUUUUUUGAUAACACUGCAGCCCUAUAGAUAAUUUCUCCUUGUUUCUAUUACAUGUAGAUACCUGUUAUGUGAUGAUAUGUUUUCAACAGUUUGCACUAUUUAAAUUUUCUUUAUAUAAAAAGUUAUACUGUGAUUUGUUUGAAGUAUUCUUUUCUCCUGUAAAAGAAAACACACUUCAGGAGUGGGGGGGAAGAAUUCUACUUAAUGAAAGUACUUAUGUUAUGCAUAUUUUUGGAUGUCUCUUUCCUGUUCUUUGCUCUAUGAUAAAAGAAAUGUAACAGUUUUCACUUCCUUUACUAACUUUGCCUAGAUGUUUGCUCUGUGGUCACAUACGCUAUUCAUACAUGCUGUGUAUAUACUUUGUGUAUACAUAUGUUACAUAUUGUAUACACAGACUGAAACAUUUAUGGUGUAAAUAUGGGACAUUAUUGUAGGGUUUUCAAACAGUAGGUAGAAGAAUGUGUUUUGAAUAGGAGGGACUCAUUUAUAUAUACCAUAGGGAUUUUUAAAUAAAGAAUUUAUAAAUUUAGCCCUAAGUAAUUUUAGUUGUAAUAUUUUUCUAGUGUCCCUCUUUUUUUCCCUUUAUAUUCCCUGACAUAGAUGCACUGUAUUUUUUUGAAAAACUCACAAAGAUAAGGGAGAGAUGCUGAUACUGAAGGUAUAAAUUAUUGUAGUUUUUAUGCUUAGCAAAGAAGUUCAGCAGUUGAAAUAGAUUUAACAAAAGUUCUUCUACAAUAACUCAUGGAACUUGUUACUGAAGAAUUUUUCUUUAGUAAAAGCAGGACUAGGUGGACAUAGUGAUAUCUGUUACCUUACAAGUGAUAUUACUGUAACUGCUUCAGCAGAACAUCCUGUGUCUAUACACUUGAAAAUUGUGGUGUGUGUGUUUGCACCAUGUGUGCUCCAGCACUGAGUAGCCCUUCACCCCUCAGACUAGGCAACACCUGUGACUUUUUUCCCUACAGCACCAAUAGGCAUCAGUUUCUGGUGCUGUGUCUCUUGUGCUAUAGUGCAUGUUACCAGAGUACUUGUAUUUGGGUUUUAAGGACACCAAAGAAAUUCAAAAAUGACUGACUUGUAUGCUUCAGAUGCUAUGAGGUUUGGAGGGAUGUGUGGAGAAACCAGAGUGUACCUUUGGUUGCUUAGUGCGGUGUUCAGGUCACAUGCUCUUGAGUGCAGGCAUGCUCACCUGAGAAACAUGAAAUACUCGUGGGGUUUAAGCCAAAUCUCAUCAGUGUCACAAAAGGGGCAGAUUAGUGCAUAGAGUACUACUUAUUUCAGAGCAUGUAAGCAACACAAUUUAGACUAAUCUAACUAGCAGUGGCUUUAACCUAGUUUUUAAAAAAAUGAUCAGAUUAGACAAAAAAGCUUGUGAAUUGUGUGGGGCUAUUCUAGUAAAUGGUAAGAGGACUUGUUUUCAAUGGGUUAUUUUUUCACAAAGGGGAGAUACAGAGCUGAAAUGGGUAUAGCAGUGAUGUAAAGGGGUGAAAAAAGGCUCAGGCUUAUUCAAUUUUUGUACACUUCCUAGCUGUGUGGCUGAACUGUGACCCUCUUAGGAAAUGGUCUUAGCUAGUUUGAAGUUGUUUCUGGUUCAGUCCCUGGGCUGGAAAAAUGUAAGUGACUACUACAAUGUACUGUACCUAUUUUGUGAAUUAAUCGUUUCAAAUCUGAUUAUGUAUAAUAGCACAAAGAUGAUCUUGA